AUGCCCGCAACGCUGCAGCGACUUCUGCUGCCAGAAGCUCCAGGGGCCCAAAGACAAGGGCAAACAGACUUUCAAGGACUGCUACAAACAUGGUCGCUGUGCGCUUAUCUCAAACUUCCCAAGCUCGCAGCCCGUGAUGUUACCUGUCCCAGUUGCUCUUUUUACAUUGUAAUUGACGCCGACAAACGGCCUCCUGAUGAACACGAACGCUGCUACAAUGUUCCUGCGUGCAACGAAGUGGCCGCUAUUAUACAUGGGGAGCAAGACCGCACUCGCGAUAUCGUCCUCAAAUCAAGAGACGACGCCCUUCGCAGGAUUUCAGAUACCGAUCGAUCAUAUGACGCAUUGCAGUACCCUUUACUUUUCCCUUAUGAAGAUGGCUACCACUUCGGCAUUCCCCUUCAUACUCCGGGUGGACAACCUACAAAGUCUUCCAAAGGCUUAUCGCGCAAGGCCUUUUACUCAUACCGGUUCAUGAAACAGCUGCCCUCAGACUCCUACAUACACUUACGCGACAGCCUUCGAAAUGAAGUCAAUCCACGCGACCUAGAGAAGCUGUGCAUUCUGCACUCAAUCUACACUGGGGGACGUUAUAUUCAUGAACGCACGCAGAACGCUAUGACAUACGUUAAGCAAUAUGGGCGGCCAGACUUGUUUAUAACGUUUACUUGCAACCCCAAAUGGGUUGAGAUAACGCGUGAACUCCUACCUGGACAGGAUUACACUCACAAACAUGACAUUACCGCCCGCGUUGUUGGUCCAAGCUUCGAGGCCAUUCGCACUGUUGAUGGCGUCGCGCGCAACACCUACCGAGAGGCUUGCCUUAAAUGUGGGUUUUUGGAGGAUGAUUUUCAAUGGGAUGCUGGCAUGGCAGAGGGAGCUCUCUUACAGGCACCCGCGACCCUUCGAUGCUUAUUCGCUAUCUUAAUAUUAGAUAUUAGGGAUUCCACUGCUUUCAUGGGUGGCUUCACUCUCCUUCUGUCAGGUGACUUUCGACAAACCCUGCUUGUCAUUCCUAAAGGGACAUGGGCCGAUGCUGUUCGUGAGUGCCUUAAGUCGUUCAAACUCUGGGCCCAUGUCCAGUCAUUGCAACUGACCACCAACAUGCGCGCUCAUACUACUGGGGACAAACUGGUCCGCUGA